AGUUUUUAAUGGCUCAAAUACAACACUUCAUCAUCCUUCUCUGCUCUUAUCCGAUUGGAUACUCGCUUUCUCUACUCUACUAUCUCGUAAAUUGAGUAAUCUUUCUCGUGUUCUGCAAUUAUUGUUUUUUGAUUCCCUCGCAAUGGGAUAGGUGGAAUUUGGGCAACUUGUGUUUGAUUCUCGAAUCUGUGUGUUUCGUUUGACCUCGUUGGAGCGGUGAAUAUUCGUUUAUUGGAGGCCUCAAGGAAGUCGUCAUGACAAGCAUUAAGGAUUGGGUUUUCUCUCAAGUGAUAUCAAAGUCAGUAGGUGCCAUCAGACCACUGUCAGCAUCUGAAAGCUUUUUGUCACAGGACUCUCAGGAUGAAGAUCUUGGUAGUCGAGGUUAUACUCAAACCAAUACCAAUUUCAUUUCACGUCAGGUUUCAACUGAAUCACCUCAGUCAUCUAGUGAUAUUCCGAUGGAACAGAAUAAUUUGCCAUCUCAAGUGGAAAGUUCUUCUGGAUCUAAUCUCAGCAGCAAUGGGGAGAAGAAAAGUUUAAACCCGUUUGGUAAGGUUGAAGAUCUGAAAGUAAAAUUUUUACGUCUUGUCCGACGGCUUGGUCCAUCGGUAGAUAAUCUAACAGUGGCGAAAGUUUUAUAUCGGAUCCACCUGGCAACUAUGAUACGUGCAGGGGAAUCUGACCUAGAAAGAGCUAACCUUAAAAGUGAUAGAGCUCGAAUGAUAGCUGCAGAGCAAGAAGAAAUAGGCCUACCAGAACUGGACUUCUCUCUUAAGAUACUUGUUUUGGGUAAAACUGGGGUUGGUAAGAGUUCCACUAUAAAUUCCAUCCUCGGUGAAUCAAAGGUAGCAACGGAUGCAUUUCGGCCUGCAACUGAUCAAGUUCGUGAGAUUGUGGGAAAUGUAAAUGGCAUGAAGAUAUCUUUUAUUGACACUCCUGGACUGUUGCCUUCUUCAACAAAUUCUGACUCUAAAAAUCGGAAAAUUCUGCACUCUGUGAAGCGGUUUAUUCGUAGAUCACGCCCAGAUGUAAUCUUGUAUUUUGAACGCCUCGAUGUGAUUCGCAUGGGUGGUAGCGAUUUUCCACUACUGAAGCUUGUUACAGAAAUUCUCGGUCCUGCGAUUUGGUUCAGCACCCAAAUUGUUAUGACUCAUUCCUCUGCAGCACUCCCGGAAGGUCAAAACGGGUUUCCUGUAAGCUAUGAUUCAUACGUCAGUUACUGCAAACAGGUGGUACAACACCACAUUCAUAGGGCGACAUUUGAUACGAAGCUUGAAAAUCCUGUAAUUUUGGUGGAGAAUCAUCCUUACUGUAAAGUGGAUAACACUGGGAAAAAGGUUCUUCCUAAUGGACAGGCAUGGAUGUCCCAGUUCAUGUUAUUGUGCAUAUGCACCAAAAUACUUGGUGAUGUUAAUGCUCUUUUGCGAUUUGAAGACAGCAUACAGUUGGGACCUUCGGGUAAUACUCGAUUGCCUUCUUUACCUCAUCUGCUCUCGUCUCUACUUAAACAUCGUCUCAAGUGCCCCGAUGGAGCAGAUUGCAGAAUUGAUGAACUCUCUCUCUCCGACAUGGAGGAUGAAGAUGACUAUGAUCAGUUACCUCCAAUCCGUAUUCUAUGCGGAGUUCAGUUCCAGAAGUUAACCCCUUCUCAGAAAAAGGAUUAUCUUGAUGAGCUGGAUUACAGGGAGACCCUUUACAUGAAGAAACAGCUGAAAGAAGAAUGCAUCAGAAGAAAGCAGAAAGAUGAUGUUGUGAUGUCUGAUGACAAUCCCGACGAACAAGAAGGAUCUCCUGAGGCAUUUGAGCUCCCAGAAAUGGCUAUUCCACCGAGUUUUGAUUCAGAUUCCCCCGUGCAUAGAUUCCGCUGUGUUGUCACAAGGGACCAGUUGCUGGCAAGGCCGGUUCUGGACCCUCAUGGAUGGGACCAUGAUGUAGGCUUUGAUGGAAUCAACCUCGAGAUAGCUUCUGAAGUGAAUAAGAAUGUGAUUACCUGCGUUGCAGGACAGAUGAGCAAGGACAAACAAGACUUCAAUGUGCAGUGUGAAUCAACAGCGGCUUUCUUAGACCCUAGAGGGCCCAUCUAUGCCAUAGGCCUCGAUGUCCAGUCCGCCAGCAAGGAAUUGAUCUAUACACUUCGAAGCAACGCAAAUCUAAAGAGCUCCAACUGCAAUAUAGCUGAAUGUGGUGUCUCUGUGAUGUCUUUCGGAGAUAAGUAUUACUAUGGCGCUAAAAUUGAAGACAGCAUCUUCACCAAAAAGAAGCUGAACUUCAAAAUGAACGUUGGCGGGAUGACAGGUGCCGGGCAAGUGGCUUAUGGAGGAACCAUUGAAGCCACUCUGAAGGGGAAGGACUACCCUGUGAGAGACGAGAAAGUGAAUCUAUCCAUGUCGAUUCUCUCUUGCGGAAAAGAGACCGUGCUGGGUGGAAACGUGCAGUCGGACUUCAGAGUGAGCUACGGCACGAGAAUGUCUGUGAAUGCCAAUAUGAAUAGCCGGAAAAUGGGGCAGGUAAGUGUUAAGGUAAACAGCUCAGAGCAUACGGAAAUAGCUUUGAUUGCUCUUAUCUCGGUGCUAAGAAGCCUGAUGAAGAAAAAAUCAUACUCCAAUGUUGGUGGUAAAGAACCUCGAGAAAUAGGCACAAGACAAACCCCCAAUCAUCACUUCCACAAACCCCACAUCUCUCCACAUUUUCAACCCAAAUCCAUGGCCGGUUGCAUCAAAACCUCCAUCUCUCUCCAGUCUUCCUACACUUCUCUCUACCGCAAUCCCCUCAUCGACCAGAAACACUCCAACGCAGCCGCCUCCGACGACAAAGAGAACUCUUCCCCCAACAUCAACGAUGGCCGGAAACACGCCGCUGAUGAGAAAGAGAAAGAGAAAGUUCCCGUCUUGAAAGAAUUCCCGACUCCCAAAUCCCAGUUGAGAGAGAAUUUGCUGAAGCCCUCUUCCCUUCAGCUAUGCAUCAAGAAGCACGAGCCCGAAUCGAACGUCGGGCUCAAGGUUUGGGAACCGGUCGAUUCGGGAAGAUCGAACACGGCCAAUGUGUGGGACUACUCCGACUCAGAAUCUGCGCCUGUGUCGUCAUGGUCGACUUUGCCUAACAGAGCUUUACUGUGUAGGCCUUUGCCUGUUGAUGUUGGGAGGUGUACUUGCAUUAUAGUGAAGGAGUCUUCUCCCGAUGGAUUUGAUGGUGGAACUUUAUACACUCUAUACACCAAUGAAGGGAAGGGGAGGCAGAACCGCAAACUUGCAGUGGCGCAUCACCGGAGGCGAAGAGGGAGGUCGGAAUUCAUUGUUGCUCAAAAUGCAAGAGGCAUCGUGGGGCGAUCAGAAGAUAGCUUGAUUGGGGUAGUCACUUCUAACAUCCUUGGAUCCAAGUACAAUAUAUGGGAUCAGGGGCACUAUUCCAACUCCUCAACCAAAACCCCCAAAUUGUUGGCUGCUGUCAAGUUUAUGGCUACUGUAUCGACAUGGAGUGGCAAUUAUAGAAGCAUGAAAGCAUGGAUACCAAAACAUCAAUCUAUGCAGCUAAAGAAUACAAAUCAGAUACAGCAUAUCAAUGGAUUGCCCACAGAAUGGGAGGAAAGCAAGGAUAGAGUUCAUCACCUAUUCUCAAAGGUCCCUGUGUACAAUAAGUUCACGAGACAGUACGAGUUAGACUUCAGAGACAGAGGAAGGGCAGGACUCAAAAUCCAGAGCUCUGUUAAGAACUUCCAACUAACUAUGGAGAAACAAGGAAAGCAAACCAUCCUUCAACUUGGAAGGCUAGGGAAAUCGAAAUAUGUGAUGGAUUACAGAUAUCCUUUGACUGGUUAUCAAGCCUUCUGCAUGUGCUUGGCGUCCAUGGAUUCCAAACUCUGCUGCACUGUAUAACCGCAACUAACCGAUCUUCAAAGCUGUUCUUCCUCAGAACACAAGAUUAUCCGGAUUUUGGCCAUUGAGCUCCAUUUUCAACUAGGAAAUGGUCAUAUUGAUGCAAGUUUCGGCUGUAAGUUCUUGAUGAAAUGUGUAUCUCAUUAAAUGUAAUUUGUAGUGUAGCUUUUUAAAAUGUGUUAGCUAGAAAUUCUGUUUGUUUAAACUAAGACAAUCUUAGACAUUGAAAAUGAUCAGUUUUGGGCUUUCGGAUAUGAA